GCAUUUCAGUUUGAGUUCAGCCGUCUUCGCAGAAAGUUAUACACCUGCGCCGUGCUCUCCGCCGUUCUCCGGGUCUCUCUCGAGUGCUCGAGUGCUCGCCGCUCUCCCGCGUGGCAAGAUCCCAUCCAUCCAACCAGCCAACCAUCCCCAGAGCCCCAAAAGCGGAGCCCCACGAGUGCUAUUAAAGCACUGCUCCGUGCCACACGCUGCUCAAUUUGGAUCGUACACCGUUAGACACGCGACGUGCCACGGCCCGGCCCGCUCCUUGUGGCCCGAAUUGUUAACAACAACCGGAGUGUUCAGUUGCCGCUCUUGGCAGUGUUUGUCGCGAAAAUAAUGCUCGCUUUUGUUUACUUCAAAAUAAAAACCAUUUUUGCCUUUCCCACCACAAAAAGAACGCAUUUGUGAUAAAGCUCCCGAAGCAGAGUAAUCAGCGGAGGCAAUUAAUAUUGAAUAUAAAUCAAGAAGUUUGCUGGUGUUUCGAGACGGAGAAAACAACAAUAACAACCGAAACCUGCCUCACAGUUCCCAAACACACACACACACACACACUAGCACGCACUCUCAGAUACAAUUGUAUCUGAAGCGAUAACGUCACCACCGGUUGCUCCCCAAGUACAGUAUUAAAGUUAAUCCAAAAAGUGCUCGAAUCUUUUGUUCCCCCCGCUCUAACCCGCAAAUUAUUAUAAAGCAACCAAUUACAACAACAUCGGCAUUAAUUAUAAAUAAUAAUAACAACAACUGACGGCCAAGGCUGACGUCCGAGAGCUGUGUGUUUGUUGUUGUUGUUUCUGUGCCGUGGAGGAGCCGUCAACAUUUGUGGCGCUGCUGCUGCCAACAUCUCGAUUGUCGCAUAAAACCAAACAGAGAGCGACAAACCGAAACAGAAACUAAGCAGAAAUUUACAUAGUUAUACAACGCAGCGCGUGCCUCGAGUGCAAAAAAUAGAAAUUACAAACAAAGCCCCAUUCCGAAGUCGAUUACAAUUCCAAUUGGCCAAAAUGAAGCGCCUGAUGACCUGGGAGCGCGAUCUUGUGGAUGCCAUGUACGAGUACCGGCAGACACGCUUCAGUUCGCGGCGUGUGCGAAAACGUGUGGUCUUCAAGCACGGCGAAUGCAACGUUGUGCAGGGCAAUGUGGCCAAGAGGCGGCGUCGUUAUCUGCAGGACAUCUUCACGACGCUGGUGGAUGCCCAGUGGCGCUGGACGCUGCUCGUCUUUGCCGCCAGCUUCGUCAUCUCCUGGGCCUUCUUCGGCUUCAUCUGGUGGAUCAUCGCCUACGCCCACAACGAUCUGGAGUACAUCCACCUGCGGGACAAAUCGCCCGAGCUGGUGGCCAAUAUGACGCACACCGUCUGUGUGACGGAGGUGAAGAGCAUGAUGACAGCCUUCCUCUACUCCGUCGAGACCCAGACGACGAUAGGUUAUGGCAACCGCUACGUGACCGAGGAGUGUCCGGAGGCGAUCUUCACUAUGUGCAUCCAGUGCAUCACGGGCGUGUUCAUCCAGGCCUUUAUGGUGGGCAUUGUGUUUGCCAAACUGUCGCGUCCCAAGAAGCGAGCCCAGACGCUGCUCUUCUCCAGGAACGCUGUUAUCUGCCACCGGGAUGGUGUUCCAUGUCUGAUGUUCCGAGUGGGCGACAUGCGAAAGUCGCACAUUAUAGAGGCCCAUGUGCGGGCGCAGAUCAUCCGCAAGAAGGUAACGAAGGAGGGCGAGGUGCUGCCCUUCUAUCAGCAGGAGCUGCACGUGGGUGCCGAUGGUGGCGAGGAUCGAUUGAUGUUCAUAUGGCCCACGACCAUAGUGCACAAAAUUGACCGAAACAGUCCGCUGUACAUGCUCUCCGCCUCCGAUAUGCUCAAGGAACGCUUCGAAGUGGUGGUUAUGCUCGAGGGUGUAAUUGAAUCCACCGGCAUGACCACACAGGCCAGGAGCAGCUAUUUGCCAUCGGAGGUUCUGUGGGGCCAUCGCUUCGUCAACGUGGUGUCCUUCCGCAAGGAGACCGGCGAGUACGAGGUGGACUACACGCUCUUCAACAACACCUACGACGUGGACACCCCAUUGUGCAGUGCCAAGCAGCUGGACGAGCUGAAGUCUGAGUACAGCAAGAGCGCCAAGAGCUGUGCCGGCCUGGGGGUGACUGCUCCGUUUGCGGAUCGCACGCUCUCGGCCAGCCUGUUCCAGCGCAUCGCCUCCGCCGCUUCGGUGGAUCACCUGGAUCCUGCCAGCGACGAGUCGCUCGAUUCCGGCCGACUGCAAAUACGCUCCCAUUCCAUACCCAACGGCGUGUUGGCCAGCGAGCUGGAGCCGCUAAACAACAACAAACAAGGCGCCUCGUUCACCAUGGGCGGUCUGACCAUCACGACGACGGCGCCCAGCAUACCCAACCUGUCCAGUAUUAAUGAGAAGACCAACUCCGGUCAUUCCAUAAACAGUAGCAGCAACAAUAGCCAAAACAACAGCCUUAGCGCUCUGAAUAUGGGAGGAGGAGGCGGUAGCAGCGCCAGCGGUCCCGGCGGUGGAGCCACCAUUGUCUCCGGCCUGGGAAACGGAGGUGGCCGGCAUAAGCAGUCGAAUCCCCGCCGAUUGAGCAUCAAGCAGGACCAGCUGCCCAUCGAUUCCAUUUGUUGAUAUUAUUAAUUGCGUGGAGCAAGUGCAGGAGUUGGAGAGUCCUCCCUCCCUCCCGCCACACCAAUUAACUGAAGUAUUCUAGUAGACGUUAAGGCUCCUAUUGUAGUUCUAACUCAAAACUAAGCUAAGCGAGAUUCCAAGGAGCUCAUCUGUCAUGGCCCAAGUGCUGCUGCAGCUGUGAAACCCCCCAAGAUUCCCAACACUUCCUUUUCAUGCUGAAGUGGAGGCAAUCGGAUUGUUGUCCACCAAAACCCCAACCCUACCCCCUAUUAAACGAUUGUAAGUGCGUCGUUAGCUUUACUUGUAUUGAAUUUACUAUAGUUAAGUUACAAAUUGAUAUUACCGCGAAAGUAAGAUGUGAGACAUGUAGAAACCAAAAUGCUGCAACUUCCUCGUAAGCUUAGACCUCCUAGAGAAAUUUUUGUGAAGAUCACUGAGUAUCCCAUAUGGUAGCAAAAAUAAUGCGACGAAGACGCAACGGAAUUGCAAAUUCCCUUUUACAGAUAAUAAUUGCUAAAAGAUGAAUUUUUACCCGAUAAUACCAACUGUUUCUAAAACACGAGCUUCAAUUAUAAUAAUGAGUGGACAAUAAGAUUGUACGAGUAUAAAUGUAUAUUAUUUGUAAUUAAGAACGAAAGACGGAGAUAAACCUAAAGAUGAAAAGAAAACAAA